GAGCACUUUCUACCAAUAUUGAAAUACUUUAGACCUCGAUCUACACAAUAUGGCAGCUCCAGGAUUAUGCCUAGCUCAAAUGAGCAGGCUGUCUUUGUCUACUGCGCGACAUACCUUACUUCAUGCACCAAAAGCCUCAAUACCUAUAGUUCAAGUGCGACACAAGGGCUUCAAAGAGAGGAUUCUUUCCAAGAAGGAGAAGUCGGGCGCUCUUACUGGACCAACCAAAUCGUUUUCUAAAAGGAAGACAACAGAAAAGAAAAAGAAGAAGCCAAGAACUACAUAUCGACAAUAUGACCCAAAAGAUGCGGAAACAUUCACCUUGUGUGAAGCCAUGCGAUAUCUUAGAGCAUUCGAAGUUGGAAGACCUCCAAAUUCUUCCAAAUACGAGAUACAUCUGAAGAUGAAAUCACUUAAGAACGGUCCCGUCGUACGAAAUCGAUUAAGGCUUCCACACCCAGUCAAAACUGAUUUAAGGAUAUGCGUCAUUUGCCCUCCAGAUUCGAAAUACGCGGAAUCUGCCAAAGCAGCCGGAGCGACACUAGUUGGAGAAGAGGAGAUAUUUGAAGCCGUCAAGGCUGGCCGGAUCGAGUUCGAUCGAUGUAUUUGUCAAACGGAUUCCCUUGCGAAAAUGAAUAAAGCUGGAUUGGGUCGGGUUUUGGGUCCUCGAGGACUGAUGCCCAGCGCGAAGACGGGUACCGUUGUGAAAGAUCCAAGCUUGGUCUUGAAGGAUCUGAUUGGAGGCGCUGAAUAUAGAGAACGUCUAGGUGUUGUAAGAAUGGCGGUCGGUCAACUCGGUUUCACACCAGAGGAAAUGCAACGAAAUGUCAAGGCCUUCAUCGAGGCCGUAAAGAAGGAUAUGGCACAAUUAAGUGACAAGAUCAACAAAGAGAUGGUCGAAGUAGUUUUGAGCUCUACAAAUGGCCCUGGGUUCAUUCUUAAUGGGGAGUUCAGAGAUCUCAAUUCGAGUUUGACCCCUCGAGACUUAUCGACUUCAUAACAAAAUACAUUAUGAUAUGCACAUUUGUACUUUAACUGUAUAAUGAAAAUUCAUUUACUUUAGCUGGGUAUAUUACUACA